AGAGAGGUGGGAGGAGAGGUGAUGCUGGCCUCCAUUCCUGACCCCUCAUGGCUUGGGUUUAGUGCCUGGCCAGCAUCCACGUUACCGAAGUAUCCUACCAGGGAUCAGGGCAUGCUCCAGUGGCACUGGCAGUUCCUCUGCCACGUGUAUUGGGCUGGACUUUGCCUGAUGGGGCACUGCCCCAGGCACAAUCCUAGCACAAAACCCAGUACUGCCCCAGGCACAGUCCUGGCAUAGGUGCCAGCCAGUUGGGAGGUUGUGGAGGCUGCCAGCAGGGAAGACAGCCAGUGCUGUGUGGACCCACUGUCAGCCAUGGAGCAGGAAGCUGAAAUUGUGCAGGAGCUGGGAAGCCUCCAUGGCAUCCCCCUCUACAAGAGCUUCAUCGAGGGCUGGCCACGGGUGAAGGCUUUCCAAGCCCGUCCAGAUGACCUGCUCAUCUCCACCUACCCCAAAUCGGGCACAACGUGGCUGAGCGAGAUCAUGGACAUGAUCUACCACGACGGCGAUGUGGAGAAGUGCCGACGGGAUGCCAUCUACAACCGCGUGCCCUUCCUGGAGUUGAAGGCCCCUGGGGAAAUGAGUGGUAUUGAGCAGCUGGAGAGCACCCCAUCCCCGCGGCUGGUAAAGACCCAUCUCCCAGUCCAGCUCCUCCCGACCUCCUUCUGGGAGAAGGACUGCAAGAUUAUCUACAUGGCCCGCAACCCCAAGGAUGUUGCCAUCUCCUACUACUACUUCCACCGGAUGGCCAAGAUACACCAGGACCCUGGCACGAAGGCUGAGUUCUUGGAGAACUUCAUGGCUGGCAAAGUGCCCUAUGGAUCCUGGUACGACCACGUGCGCGGAUGGUGGGAGAAGAAGCAGGACAAGAAGAUACUCUACCUCUUCUAUGAGGACAUGAAAAAGGACCCACGGCAAGAAGUGCAGAAGAUCUUGCAGUUCCUGGGCAAGGAGUUGGCAGAGGGAAUAGUGGAUAAGAUUCUGCACCACACCUCCUUCCAGGAGAUGAAGAAGAACCCUGCUGCCAACUAUGAGACCGUGCUCCCCAUCUUGAUGGAUCACAGCAUCUCCCCCUUCCUCCGGAAAGGGGUCUCUGGAGACUGGAAGAACCACUUCACUGUGGCCCAGAACGAGCGCUUUGACCAGCACUACCAAGAGCUCAUGGCAGGCUCUGACCUCCACUUCCAGAUGGAAGUGUGAGGGGCUUAUCUCCUUUCCCAGGAGGACUGUGCUUCCCCUUGCUCUCCCAGUGGAGAGGAUGGAUCCAGAGGGAGAUUCUUGCACUAAUUCACUUUUCCC